UGCAAACGUGCCUCAAAGUAGUGGCAAAGCUGCAAACGCAGUUGCUUUUUUUCUGAUGAAAUUUUGUUUUCAAUGUCAGCAUUUGUUUCCUUUCAUUAACAAAGCAAUUUUUGAAACUGAGAAGGUUGCACGCAAAUUAUUUAACCCUACUCUUUAGCGGGUUACACGCAUGACUGCUAUUAUCAGUCGACUUCUUCAACGAACAGCUGCAAAGUGAAAAGAUUUGCGCUCGAAAUUAUAGAAACACAACUCAAAAAGUUGUUCUCCUCCGCUAGCAUUUCAUUGCUCAUCGAUCAGCGCAGCAGCUCACACACAGCACGCUACGUUCCCGCUUCUGCAGCCGCUCUUUUUGCCGAUUCCGCAGAAGGAUCUGGCACAGCCCGCCGCUCGUACCCCCCGUCGACGUAAAAGCAAAAAAGAGGACCAGGAGAGCGAGUGGUGGCUGCAGAAAGCUCAGAACAUCUUCUCGCCCAGAAGCGCUGCUUGAGAAGCUUGACCACUGGUGUGCAGAAUAAAGCCGUGUCCGGGCGGGUGAUCUGUGCAGCAGACCGCGCUAAAGCCGAGGAUUUUUUUUGUCGAUACGACUCAUUGCAUACGACCACUAGAAGACAGUGCCAGCUGCAGAGGCAAUUCGACGACACGGUUAAAGCAACAGCAGAAGAGCCCUUCGUUUUACCUUUGUGGUAAACUUCUACGCGAAGGUGGCCAUUCUUGGCUCAGCAAUUGCAGCGGUGACCGAGGGGAUACAUCUAGCGUAGCGCCAACCUUCUUGUUCCUAGCAGCUGCAGCGAUAGCAGAAAUAAGGGCAACAUCAAAAAACUUCGACCUGCAUCCUCUUGUUCUUCGAAGAGCAGUAUCGCGUCCUGCAGACUUGUAACGGCCUCGCUCUAGCAGUAGCACUUCACGCGAAUCAUCUACAGUGCUCUUCGAUUAUACCGAAGGAACGCGGUUCCAGGUACAACUUGUUGGAACAAACAAUUGAGUCUCCUAGCACUCACAAGAACGAAGAGGAACACGGAGAAGUACUAGGAUAAACAAGCACAAACACCACGAAGCGGCAUCCGCAGCCUUGCAGCACCCACGCGGUACUUUCCGGCACCUCACCACGGGUGUCUCUGCCUUGUCUUCGACAUCACAACGAACAGCCUUCAAGACGUGAACUUAAGCCAAUCGCCCGGUCCUCGAACACCAGCACAGCAUUCUACGGUCGUCGAGCUCGAGUCGGCACAACAAUCUGAAGAAUUACAUCCACGAUCUGUAGUAGUUCCCAAUUCUCCAUUGCGGAUCGUUGCGCAAGAACUCUGGAGAAGUCUUGUUUCUGCUCGGAGACGAGUUCUUGCUCCAAUCUCAAUCACCACGCAUUAAGGGAAACGAGGCAGGUACCGGGUGUUGAAAGAUUUAUUUGGCAAAGAAGUUGCGACCGCAGCUAGCGCUACAUCAACCGGCAAAAUGGACACCACGAACUCGCCGCAGAUCAUCCUGCACACGCACGAAGGCCUGAACUUCACCCCCUUAUGGCGUUCUCAAGUGUUACAUUCUCAACUGUUACAUGAAUUUGUAAUGCAAGACUAGCACAGGUGAGAGGGAGAGCCUUGCGCGUCUUGCAUUACAGGUUUCGUGCGGAUUAUAGUGCUGUUUAGCCCUCCGAUAAUUUGUCAUGCGCAGCAGCUUCAUCGUCUGGCAGGUCAUGGUCAUUUUGCAUGACAAAUCAUGUAACAGCUGAGAGUGUAACGUUUGAGAACGCCAUACCCCUUCGAGGCGAAGUGGGUCCCGCACUCCGCAAGGUUUGUGGUGCUCGGCCAGAAUCCAAGGGCGACCGGCGCUUUGGCGGUCUACGAACUAGAGAGGGGGAAGGUAUUUUUAUACUGCAUGGUGUUUACUGUCGUUGUUUGCUGGACCUGGAGUAGUUAGGCAGCUAUUUUUGGUCCUGUCUAACUGUAAUUGUACGGUGGAUCUGAUUGAUGAUAUGCAUCCUCUUCGUGACGAACCAUUCCUAGAUGCGCAGAUUAGAGUUUCAAAUUGAGAGAGAAGCCGGACGAGGACGAGGAGUCGUCAAGAAUGUGGACCAUGAAUACAAUGAUGACCUGAUGGUGCUACAUUCAGUACUUUAUUGCAACACCAGGUCAAGAAGCUUUCCGAAACCGAGAAGCCAAAGGGCUUCAAGUGCGGUACGUUCGGCGCCUCGGCGAUUGAGCAGAGACAUUUGGCGACCGGGGACUACGAGGGGAAUUUGGCAAUAUGGGACCUCGAGGACAUAAGAAAACCGAUCUUCGAGGUCCGGGGGCACGAUAAAAUCAUAAAUUGCGUGGAAGGGUACAAGGAUUUCUAUUAGAAGCAAAUUGUUUCAUGAUGAGAGUAAGCGUAGUAGAAUGUGUUUCGUACCUGAACAGAACAGUGUCAGGUGGCACAGCAGCGGAAGAUGAACUUGAUAUGGGAACGAAAAAACGCCUGAACAAAAUGACUAGACCACAUUCAUAUCGUAGGGCAGCUGCAAGAAUAAGAAACACGACGUCGCAAGGCAUCAAACUAACUCUCAGGUGCGGGGGCCUGGGUAUCGGUGGCGGCGCACCAGAGCUCGUGACCGGAUCAAUACUUCUCGGAAACUCUUGAGUCGCAGCGAAAAUGGUCGUUUCGUAGAGUCAGACUGCCAAAAUUCUCACAGACAUGACGAAGUGCAGGUCGUGCAGUCACUUGCAUAAUUGGUCCACAUCCGCUUUUUUUUAUUUUGCAUGGAUGGAAAUGCUAGCUGCACCUGCAGCUGCACUGCACGAAAAUUUGAAAUUUCAAGAUCUGUGGCUCUUGCCAGACUCAAGCUUCUGCAAGGAUAGGAAAGAGACGGCACGGUGCGGGUGUGGGACCCCAGACAGCAGGAUCCGGUAAAAGAUUCGAAUUUUAAUUGUGGAUACGGUGACUGAGACUGUAUGUAGUCCCAUAAAACUGUCAUGCUUGUGCUUCGCCUUUCUUGCGUAAUGAAGCAAACGCAAAGUAGCCAAAGGUAAAGACUGUACAUUUUCAAAAAUGAAAUACCGAAAUGCAAGGUGCUGUCCCUGGAGCCGGUGGACGGCGAGAUACCCGCAGAUUGCUGGACCGUCGCCUUCGGCAAUAGCUACAACGAUUCUGAGCGGGUAAUAUGCGCGGGCUACGACAACGGAGACAUCAAAAUGUUCGAUCUCAGGACAAACAUGUUGAGGUAAUGCUGAUGUUCUUAUUCGCUAUCUGAAUACUAACCUCAUCAAGAGGCCUUGGCCUUGAUGCAAUGGUUGCGUGCGAAGGAAUCACAUGCAGCGGUUUGCUGGUGACAAUGGCAGAAGUCUGCUUUUCUUCCUGCCAAGCAAAAAGUCGUCCAUUCGAUGUCUUGGAAAUAAUGAAUUGAAAAAGUAUGAAAUUAAAAAUCCGAAAUCGCCUCCAAAACAACUAACACCUCAGAUGGGACACCAACGUAAAGAACGGAGUUUGCCACAUCCAGUUUGAUCGAAAAGACAUUCUGAUGAACAAGCUCGCGGUGUCCACGCUGGAGUCCAACAUGAUUGUGUACGAUCUGAGGACCUACCACCCCGAAGAGGGCUUCGCGGGGAGGACGCAAAAAGUGACCAAGUCGACGGUCUGGGGGUGUCACUUCCUGCCGCAAAACCGAGAGCUGUUUGCAACGGUGGGGGGAAACGGAAGCAUCACACUCCACAAGUACGUGUACCCAGCGGAACGGAAGGUACGAAAGAUUGGUUCUGGUCGUGCAGGGUAGGCUCUUUACUUUCGGCAUGGUUAAAAAGAAAAACAAAAGGUAAAAGUAGAAUUUGUGUUGCAGUUCUUGUGCUGGUGCUUGUUGUCCUUAUCAUGCAACAAGCCUCUACGAAUAAACAAAUAUCAGGUCGAAGUGAACGACGGGCUCGAAAAGGGUGUCGCCGGAACCGUCGAGACGUUGAAUCAAAAGGAGCUUUGCACACAACCGAUCGCUAUCCAGUGCAAAUCUGUCUCGGUCUGGAACAAGAUGUAAGGUUUGUCAUGCAGGGUUCGCAUUACUCAGAAGGUCAAGGUCUUCAAGGCUUCGGUUUGGAAUGCGGGCGCUAGCAUCACAAGUUUUUGUUUUGAGCUGCAGGGGGCUCCUCGAUGCUUAUUGCGCAUGAGAAAUGUUGCCUUCGGCUUCGGCUGCCCAAAAGUGAAAGCUUAUUUUGCUGAUCACGCAAUACAAAUCUGUGUGUCGAUUAGGUCUAGCAUGACAGUCUUCGAGACCCAGACAUUUUUGCAAUGCAUAAUCGUGAGCUUCGAUUGGCAUUUGAACAAGGAAGGGCUGUGCGUCUUCGCCUCCCUCGACCAAUCCGUGCGGGUGGCAAUGUGCACGAAGCUAAACUUGUACUAGAUUUCUCCUGUCGACAUCUCCUUGAAAUGGGUUUUGGUCGUGCCUCGUCUUUUUGCGUUACUAAUUUUUCCAUUUGAUUUUGGAAUUGGUAUUGGGGAGAAGACGCUGAACAUGUCGAAUUUUGAAAAAACUUGACAUCCUGUCCAGAAACCCGCUCGCUACGCAUGCUGUAUGUGAUGUGAUUGCUUGUCGCUAGAGGAAGGAAGGCGAAAUAAGAAGGAAUAACGUGUUAGAAGGUGAAC